CAGGUUUAAACAACGGAAACGUUACAGGAAAACGAGUACUCUCAAAGAAGUUCUCAGCCCUCGGUGAGGAAGCUCCGGGUGGAAACACCCUUUUUAGGUGCAUUUAAAUCUUUGCUAGUCGUCUCGUUUGCUAAACACAGGCUAACGCGCGAUUUGACAGGCGAUUCUCACCAUGUCGACCACCAAGGUAGCCACAACCACCCGAUCCGCGAAUUGUACAUCACGACCAGACAGUCGCUUGCAUGAUUGUUCUUCUACUGCGGUCGGGGGGCAUGACUCCGAGAGCAAAGCCCGCACGUGGAGGAUUCUAACUCCAGCUCAGCGAAUAGAGAAGCUAAAUGGCAUGGCGAUGAAGCGGGCACAAGAGAUGGAGAAGGUCCUUACCCCUUCUCAUCCCGACUGGCCAAUGUAUGAGCUCGUACGAAGAGGUAACCCCGUGUUCAAGCAUCGGUGGAUGGUCCUUCUCUACGCGUACUGGGCCCUCACAGGGGCGGGCUUGCUCCGAUGUCCCUCCCUUGCCUUCGGAAUGAGCGCGUUCAUCAUCACCUACCUGUAUAUUGAGCUGUAUGGCGCUAUCUUGCAUGUCAACCUUGAUAACCCCUCCUUCUUGUUCCUCCCAGUGUUGUGGGAGGCCUGUCUAGAAUUCCAAUAUCAUCAUGUCAUACCCAGCGAAAUUACUUUGCGUAGCUAUCCUCAAAUCGCCGCCGAUUUGAAUCUCAUCGUUGCAUUGCAAUUUAUUGUCUGCACAAUUGUCUUCUAUGCGCAUGGCGGACUUUUUAAUCCUUACAUUCACGCCACAAUGGCAUGCGGGCUGGUCAAUGCUUACCUGUUAGAGUGGGCGCAUAGACAAGCUCAUUUUCCUCGAGGCAAACGCCAUGCUUUCGCGCAAUAUCUUCAGGACCGAGGUUUUCUUGUCUCCGAAGCCUUGCAUCGACGGCAUCAUCAAACUUUUGAUGUGGGGUUUCCCGUCCUUAGCGGACUGUCUGAGCCGGUGAUAAACUUUGUGAGAGCCAAGGUAUGCGCGAACCAAUGGGUCUGGCUGGCGGCUUUUAUAUUAAUGACGUUGGCAGGCUUGCCUUGCAUUAUCUCUGUCAAUAUGAGGCUUUGGGAAUGGGGUGGAGAAGUUGUGUAUGGAGGAGGGCAAGAAAGCGAUGUAUACUUAUAUGUCGAAGAGAUCUUGGGAAUGGCGAGGGCCCUCUGUUUGGGUCUCUCAUCCUCAUGUAUGAGCUUUAUAGAAAGCAAUUUUUGACAGCAUCUUUGAAUAAAUAAAUCUGAUUUUCCUAGUGGAAGAAUAAAUGGUUCCAAGAAACAAUUACAUCG